AUGGAACAGAAUCAGAACAACUGGCUUCUGACUAGCUGGAUCUCCAAUGAAGGAGCCUCCCGGAUCUUCAUUGAACUCAAGUUCACUCUGAGGGACUGUAACAGUCUUCCAGGAGGACUCGGGACUUGCAAAGAGACUUUCAAUGUGUAUUACUUUGAAUCGGACGACGCAGACGGAAGGAAUGUCAAAGAAAACCAGUACAUCAAGAUCGACACCAUUGCCGCGGAUGAGAGCUUCACGGAGCUCGACCUUGGAGACCGAGUCAUGAAACUGAACACCGAGAUCAGAGAUGUUGGGCCUCUGACCAAAAAGGGAUUUUACUUGGCUUUCCAGGAUGUAGGUGCCUGCAUCGCCCUGGUGUCCGUGCGAGUGUAUUACAAAAAGUGCCCUUCCGUUAUACGUAACCUGGCCCUCUUUCCCGACACCAUCACUGGGGCAGAUUCCUCCCAGCUGCUGGAAGUGUCUGGCUCCUGUGUGAACCACUCUGUGACCGAUGAGCCUCCAAAGAUGCACUGCAGUGCAGAAGGGGAAUGGCUGGUGCCCAUUGGAAAAUGCAUGUGUAAAGCAGGGUACGAGGAGAAGAACAGCACCUGUCAAGUCUGCAGACCUGGAUUCUUCAAGGCCUCUCCCCAGAGCCCAUCCUGCAGUAAGUGCCCCCCUCACAGCUACACGCACGAGGAAGCGUCCACCUCCUGUCUGUGUGAAGAACACUAUUUCAGAAGGGAGUCGGACCCGCCUACGAUGGCCUGUACAAGACCCCCCUCAGCUCCUCGGAAUGCCAUCUCAAAUGUUAACGAGACUAGUGUCUUCCUGGAAUGGAUUCCCCCGGCUGACACCGGUGGAAGGAAAGAUGUGUCUUAUUAUAUUGCAUGCAAGAAGUGCAGCUCCCACUCGGGGCUGUGUGAGGCGUGUGGCAGUCAUGUCAGGUACCUCCCCCAGCAAAUCGGCCUGAAAAACACCUCUGUCAUGAUGGUGGACCUGCUUGCUCAUACAAACUAUACCUUUGAAAUUGAGGCAGUGAACGGAGUGUCCGACCAGAGCCCUGCAGCCCGGCAGUAUGUGUCUGUAAAUGUAACCACAAAUCAGGCAGCACCUUCUCCAAUCAGUAUUGUGAAAAAAGGAAAGAUAGCUAAAAAUAGCAUCUCCCUUUCCUGGCAGGAGCCGGAUCGACCCAACGGCAUCAUCCUGGAGUAUGAAAUCAAAUAUUUUGAAAAGGAUCAAGAGACCAGCUACACCAUCAUCAAAUCGAAAGAGACGAAGAUCACGGUGGAUGGCUUGAAACCCGCGUCGACGUAUAUCUUCCAAAUCCGAGCGCGCACGGCAGCAGGGUAUGGUGGCUUCAGUCGAAGAUUUGAGUUUGAAACCAGCCCAGUGUCAGUAGCUGCAUCCAGUGAUCAGAGCCAGAUUCCUAUAAUUGCUGUGUCAGUAACAGUGGGAGUUAUCCUGUUGGCGGUUGUUAUUGGUUUCCUUCUCAGUGGAAGUUGCUGCGAUCAUGGCUGUGGGUGGGCUUCUUCCCUGCGUGCUGUUGCGUAUCCAAGCCUAAUAUGGCGAUGUGGAUACAGCAAAGCUAAACAAGAUCCAGAAGAAGAAAAGAUGCACUUUCAUAAUGGCCACAUUAAAUUGCCCGGAGUAAGGACUUAUAUUGACCCACAUACCUAUGAAGACCCCAAUCAAGCCGUCCAUGAAUUUGCCAAGGAAAUUGAAGCUUCAUGCAUAACAAUUGAAAGAGUUAUCGGAGCCGGUGAAUUUGGGGAAGUUUGUAGUGGGCGUCUGAAACUGCCUGGAAAACGCGAGUUUCCAGUGGCCAUAAAAACCCUCAAAGUGGGCUACACUGAAAAGCAAAGACGAGAUUUCCUGGGGGAAGCAAGCAUCAUGGGACAGUUUGACCAUCCCAAUAUCAUUCACUUGGAAGGUGUUGUCACAAAAAGUAAGCCAGUAAUGAUAGUGACAGAGUACAUGGAGAACGGCUCUCUCGACACCUUUUUAAAGAAGAACGAUGGGCAGUUCACUGUCAUUCAGCUGGUUGGGAUGCUGAGAGGCAUUGCGUCAGGCAUGAAGUACCUGUCAGACAUGGGUUACGUACAUAGAGACCUUGCUGCCAGAAACAUCCUCAUCAACAGCAAUUUAGUGUGCAAAGUGUCUGACUUCGGGCUGUCCAGAGUCCUAGAAGAUGACCCUGAAGCAGCGUACACAACAAGGGGAGGGAAGAUCCCAAUCAGAUGGACAGCCCCAGAAGCCAUCGCCUUCCGCAAAUUCACCUCGGCCAGCGACGUCUGGAGCUAUGGGAUAGUGAUGUGGGAAGUAGUGUCUUAUGGAGAGAGGCCCUACUGGGAGAUGACCAAUCAAGAUGUGAUAAAAGCUGUGGAGGAGGGCUACCGUUUGCCAAGUCCCAUGGACUGCCCUGCUGCUCUUUACCAGCUAAUGCUCGACUGCUGGCAGAAAGAUCGGAACAGCAGGCCCAAGUUUGACGAAAUUGUCAGCAUGUUGGACAAGCUCAUCCGUAACCCGAGCAGCUUGAAGACACUGGUUAAUGCGUCGAGCAGAGUGUCAAAUUUAUUAGUAGAACAUAGCCCCUUGGGAAGUGGCGCCUACAGAUCCGUCGGUGAAUGGCUGGAAGCCAUCAAAAUGGGCCGGUACACAGAGAUCUUCAUGGAAAAUGGAUAUAGUUCAAUGGAUGCGGUGGCCCAGGUGACCUUGGAGGAUUUGAGGCGGCUUGGAGUGACACUUGUUGGUCACCAGAAGAAGAUAAUGAGCAGCCUUCAAGAGAUGAAGGUCCAGUUGGUGAAUGGGAUGGUGCCAUUGUAACUUGGUUUUAAAGUCACUUUCUCAAGUGAUCGACCCUGCACUUUGUAAACUAGCCCUGAGAUUUAUUAUAAGAGAAAAAAAAGGGAAAGUCGGUUAUUUCUAUAACUGAAGGACAUUGGCUGGCCUCUGCCACAUAAUUUAUAAUCAGUGUUUGACUAAAAUUUUCCUUUCCUUCCUAUUUGUGUCUUCAUAUUCCUGAAGUAAAUGUAACAUGCAUGGAAAUGGAUCUACUGUACAUGAGGUUAACCAUUUUCUUAUGCUUCAGCAACAACAAGAAAAAGCCUUCCCGCCACACUUUGUCUGUACAUGGACUAUAUAGAGAGCACCUUUAUAUACUGAAUUAUGGCAGCACAUGUUAAUACUUCCAAGGACUUACUUGAAUGGAAAAGUUUUGUAGUCAUUCAUGGGCUAACAAAAGCUGCAGUUUACUGAAGUUUACUUCAAGUCUUAAUUGUCUACAGAAGUGUAUUGAAGAGCAAUAUGAUUAGAUUAUUUCUUGAUAGAUAUUUUGUUUUGUAAAUUUAAAAGAUGCUGUUACACAGCGUUACGUUAUAGAGACUAGCGUAGAAACAUGUUGCUUGUUCAGUGGCAAAUACAAUACAGGGUGUAUAUUUUUCCCCCUCUGUGUUAUAAAGUUCCUUUUAAUUUGCUCUUCUGUGAGAUGAAUACAUGAUUAAUAUGUAUAUACUGUACAGUUUGCUACACACCCAGGUACAAGAAUUUUUGGUUAGAUUUGGUUUUGGUUGGUUUGGUUUUGGUUGUUUUGUGCUACCACUUUGCUUGUAUUUUUGCUGCUCUUUGGUUCAAACAACAUAUGAAAACAAAGCUUUCAGGAGUUUUAAUUACAUAUGUGAGGUAACAAGCGUGCAUUUCAAUAAAAGUCAUUUCUCCCUCUAUUUCUACAUGAGCUCUGGCUAUUAAGAGGCAGAUUUCAAAAGCAUAAAUGGGAGUUAGCCAUCCAACUCACACUGGCUUUCAAUGGCAGUUGGGUACCUAAUUUCUUCUGUACCUUUGAAAGCCUCCCCCUAAAAUAUCCAGCAUGCCUCAGCACCCCUGUGUACUGUAACCAAUCUGGUGCAAACGGACUUAAUCUCAGGGACCCAUGUGCUUCCAAGCCAACUGGGUCUGGGUAGAGACUAGUCACUGUUUUUAGCUCUGGAUCUAUAGGGCACACUCCCAGGCUCAGAUCUCUUGUCUUGAGCCCUUCCUUGGCUUGUCAGUCCACCACCUUAGUCAAUAAAACCAGUGCCUCUGACCUCCUGAGCCACUCAGUUGCUUACACACACUCGUCCAGAGCUUCACUGAGGCUGUGGGCUCUCUGGGGUACGAGGUUAACUCCUUGAAGGACAACAUGGCAGGGAAGCAGGGAGCACAGGCUUAGGCAAGGAAUUUCUUCCCCACAGACACUUUACUCUUCAAAACAUUGCAGUUACAAAGCAUCAAAAAAUAGCGGAAGUCCUGAGUGCUCCAUUAGUCUGAUCUCACUGCUCUUGUGAGCCUGUGGUCUGGACAAAGUCCCUCCUGCCCUCUUGUUCCACCAAGCCUUCAGUUCUGUGGUGAUGAUCAGCCCCCCAACUCAGAGCAGCACCCCUUCUUAAGUGCAGUCUCUGUCUCCUUCGCCCAGGUGCUCCUCUGGAAGGCUUAUCCCUCUCCCCCUUCAGGCCCCAGUGUAGAAAAACCAUCGUUCCAUUGAGUCAGCAGUUGGGAGACAAUCAAAGUGGAUGGCCCUAGACUGUCAUAUCAAUUUCUCCUGAUGUCCCUUCAGUGAGAUGUCAAGCAGCUUUCCUGGGUAGGGUGUCUAUCUGCAAAACAAUUCAAUAACCUUCCCUUGAUUAAGGUUAGGCUUGUGUUCGGCACAUCACACAAAAUGGAGUUCCUAACACAAGAUGGAGGUUACAAUUUGAUUCUUUGCAGUGUGGUAGCCAUGUUGAUCACAGGAUAUGAGAGCGCCAAGGGGGGUGAGGUAAUCUUUUAAUGGACCAACUUCAGUUUGUGGAAGAGACCAGCUUUCGGGCUACAUAAAGCCAGACCCGAAGAAGAGAUCUGUGUAGUUCAAUAGCGCAGUUCUCUCACCAACAGAAGUUGGUCCAUUAAAAGAUAUUACCUCACCCACCUUGUUACACUUUGAUACAGACAUGUCCCACUCUGCCACAAAGCACACAGGAGCAGAAGGAGAAAUGUGCUCAAUUUGAUAAAUGGAAUGGAAUCCUAUAAUAAUGGAGUCAUUUGUUUGAACAACAACAUUGCUCUAGCCAGAACUUGACCAGUUUCAGUUUGCACAUUGUAAAGCCCGGGUGCUGGGAUUUUCAAAGGAACCUAUGGGAAUUAGGCACCCGGCUCCCAUUGAAUCCCAUCUUGAAACAAUGAGGGACUUUGAUUGUAUUUCUGUGUAGAUGGAAUUCUCCAAUUGUCCAUAGUAGGCCCCAUAGUUCAUUUUAAGAAAAAAGGCUCUGAUAAAGAUAGGGAUUGAAAGACUUGCUCAAAUGAUGGCAAAUAUUUUUCAUUAUUCUAGGGAAUAUUCGUUGUUUAUAUGGGUUGGAUAGCAUCUUGCAGCAUUCUUUCUUGAAGAUGGUAUCAACAUAUUCUGUUUUCCUUUCUCUUCUUCACCUCUGGAAAAAAAGAGCACCUAAUCUGUUGCUUGACUUACUCAUUCCUCUCACUCAGAUGCACGUUUCUGAAUACCACUUUAGUUGUUCUUAAACAUUUCUUCUUUUUAUAGUUCCUCAAACCCCAGAUACAAAUAGCAGCUUCUAAUAAAACAAAAUCUCUCACAAAGAAAGAUUUUCUAUGGGGCGUGUGCUCCUAAAUCCCUUUGGUGCAUCUGCAAGUUUCCUGCAAACUUGUUUAGUAAAAGCAUACACCUAAACACCCAUCUUCCUUCUAGAACUGUUAGCUACUUCUCAGUGAGAUAUGGUACCUUUCCAAUUGGUGACAGGUCCAGGGGUGAACAGAUGUAGGAAGAAGUCAGAUAUCUCUGGAAAGGGAGUAAAGAAAUGUCUUCUUGCUACAUCUGUUCACCCCUGGACCUGUCACCAAUUGGAAAGGUACCAAAUUAAUCUGCAAAUGUGAGAAAUGGAAAAAAGAGACAACUGAUACAGGGAGCUUUCAUGAGAUGCAGCGAGGCAGCAAACCAGAAGGGGAGGUUUGACAAAUCUUGAUUGUGUGAUUUCUUGUCCCAUUGUUUUAUUUUUGUCAGCCACUGGGCCACAAAGAAAAACAAAAACAAAUCAAGACAUAACAAUUGCCGCACAUAAAGGAGAUUUGUCAAAUAAUAAAUAACAUUAUUAGAGCUGUCAGGGGAACCGUUGUGGGAUUCUCUGCGUCUUCCUGUCUGCAGUGCUUUGUAAAAUAAUCCGUAGGAAGACAGACAUAACAACUUAUUUCUUCUGGAGGAAUUCUUCAAUUGCCACUUGCAUCAAUCAGCUGUACUUGGAGAGAUUUUUAUUAGCAACUUCCAGCUCUUAUCCUCUCCCUUUUCUACCUGUUCUCUUCAGUCACUUGUUAACUGAUGGAGUGAAUUAGUGCUCUGUGAAAAAUGCAAGGGGGAAUUUGGUUUUGUUCUUUUUUGUGGGCUUUUAAAACAAAAUUCCCUUGGCCAUUUGUGUUUUUCAAUCUCAUAUACAGUGUUUGGGGGAUUUACUACAGGAAGGUGAGAAUUACCUUCCAAGAACAGUGUAAUCAAUUGCCAUUUGCUGGACCAUCCUUCAGAAUAUCUUUAUGGUUAACUAGUAGAAAAAGGAAUGCCCAUAACCAGAUUCCAUUUGUAAAUAAACUGGGCACUUUUUCUUAAUUAUUUAAAUACAUAUACAAACCUUCUUAUAUUUAAUGCAAGCACUUACGAUGCUACAAAUCUGUUUAUAAUAGACUCUGUAUAUGAGUGAAAAAAACCCAUGACCAAGAUGUUCGAAAACAGGGGCCUAAAUAAGUGCCCUGAUGUUCCAAAGUGCAGCCAAGAUUCCUGUUGUAGCCAGAGAGGGCGCUGCUGGGUGCUCAGCAUAUUGGAAAAUCAAUCCAUUCAUUUAGUUACCUAAAUAUGGAUUUGGGGUCCAAUCCUUAGGCACCCUUUUUUUAAGCUGGAAUUUUCAAAAGAGGCCAUGGGACUUGGGUCCAGAUCCCCAAUGCAAUUUAGGCUCCUAACUCCCAUUUGAUUUCAGUGGGAGUAGGCAUCUAAAUAUCUUUGAAGCUCUGGCCCUAGGCACCUAGCUCCCUUAGGUCCCUCUGAAAAUUGCAGCCUAAAAUAUUAGUCAAUGAAUCUUUAUUUUUACCUUAGCAGAGUUGGGAUAUCAUACAAAGCACAAGCAGAGAAAUUUUCUUUUGGAAGGUAUUUUUUGUUAUUAUACAAGAAAGGGUAGCAAGUAAAAAUAUAUACUGUAGGUUAAAAUCAGGUAUUAGAAAUGGAAUAUUGUAUAUAUUGUCAUGCAGUAGAAUCAGGUCACAAUAUUUUUCUGGUUUUGCUCUGUCUAAGCAUAGAGGGGGAAAAAGCUAAGUACUAUAGUUAGCUAUCCUUACUAGUGGUGUACCGGAAAUUAAAACCUGAAAGAAAAAUGCAAAUGUUACCUACAUUAAGAUGGUGAAGUUUGAUAAUCGGAAUUAAAUUGUUAGCUGUACUUAGAGUAUAUACCUAGGGUAAGUCACAGUGGUUUGCUUUUCCAACUCAGUAGCCCAGAUGGUUACAUAGAUUACUUUUUUCAGUCCAUUUUGCUGCUAAUUGUAAGGGAAUAUUUCAAAGGGAAUGGUAGAUAGGAACAUUCUUUUCAUAACGUUCUUUUUCAUCUCUGAAGGAGGACGUCUUUCUAGGCGCAGUUCUUGUUUAGAAUGACCUCCAUUUAUUCUUUGGAGAAGUUAUCUAAUCUCAAAA